AUGAAAAGACUUUUUAAGCGUAAUACAAGUAAGUAUGAUGAUCAGCACAACUCCUUUGUUGUGUCUUUCAAUGCUAUGAAGCCCCUAUGGCUUCAAGAGCAACGUAAGGGUUUACACUUAUCUGCUGACGAGCAGAACAUAAUCCUUAACAACCAGCGCGGAGCUUUAGAACAAUUAAUUCUAGCUAACGGUCUCGACACCGCGCUAUACCAGAGACUCUUUCCUCUUCCUCUCCUCCAAGAAAGCGACCUUAACCUUCAACUCCUUUCACAUGAGAAAGAGUUGGACGAUGCCUUCUGUAGGGAGAUAGGGAAAAUCGUUCCAUACCUUCAGAACUCCACCAUACAAGGUGUUGAGUCUUAUAGACGCGCUUUAGACUCCGCAAUGCUUUCAAUUGCGAAGAACAGCUCUCGGAAAGACAUCCUUGAUAAGCUUGCAGCGCCAUAUUUAGCCACCCUACUCUCUAAGGUGUAUGGGCUAGUUAAGUCUUACUAUGAGACAAGUCUCACUCAAACACACCUGAAUCCUCAAUCUUCCCUCCUCGGAAAUCUUGACCUUAUAAUACGUCUCAUGGAAGAUGAUGGCUUGCGGGCCAAUAUAGGAUCAUCCAUUACACCACCUAAGCAGAAUAACCACCCCGUAGAGAAUUAUUCGACUCGCUUUGAGGACUAUGUCCUCCGCAUAGAUGGGAUACGCAUGGAUUCUAUCGAAAUGCACAAUAACCAUGCAUUACGGAACGAACGAAGACGUCAGUUCGUCUCCGGGUUGGAUGAAAAUCUACGUAUCCUUGUUGUACCCCCUGGGUAUUACUGCUUUUGGCAUUCUUUCAAACAGGCGUACUUUAAUGGAUUUACUAGACUACACCCAACCGUGCCCUUAUUUGGUAAGAAACCAAAUACUAAAACUAACAAUAAUAACCAAACUAACGGUAAAUCGAAAGGUAAGAAUAACAACAAAAAGUCUAACAAUAAUAACAAGAAAAACGAUAACAAGAAAAAUAAUUCUUCCACUAACAACACCACGUACCAGACACCUGGAUUUUUGAACAACAAUAAAUCCACCGGUAACAGUACUAACAAAAAGCCUUCUCGUAAUCAGAAACGACAAUCGCAGAUUAAUACCAUUGCCACUGAAGUUAGUGAACAGCGCACGUUGUUGCAGUCAUUAAUAGACAAACUGUCCUUAUUUGAUAUACCACACGCGACACUCACUAUCAUAUGCUUCAUCGCCAUACUGUCAUCUACAUCUGCAUGGAAUUGUCCUCGCACGCCUCCUCACUAUCCAUCCGUUUUUCGUCAAUCAACAUAUGAUCUUUCGGUCACUGAGUCGCUUGAAAUCAGUAAAAUGCAUAACAAGUGCAAACCAGAAGAUUUCCACCCGUCUUUACGCAUCGGUAGCUACUUCGUCACCGACGGCUCGACAUUUGCCAAAAAAUCACACGCUGACGAAACGGAACUGAAAACGUGUACACCCUACAUAACAUUCCUCAAUAAGUCAAAUAAUGAUGUUUUCAUCGCACGCCGGCAUGACAAUCAAUUCGCACCCACGACUUUUGACUUACUUCUAGACAUAUAUGCAUACCAUCACGCAUUCAAUGAGACAUGCCCCCAGACAGGAGAAGAAGAAUUGUCCCUCCCUUCAGGAAGGACUGUGCCGACAACGCCAAUCCGAAAGCGAAAGCGUCUAGACGCCUUCGACAUCGCUUUCUUUCCGGAAAUGAAAGAUCUCAGAAAAGAUUUCGACCUCAAAACUUUCAAAAUAACCGAUUUGGAAGCAGAAUUAGAACGCCUGAAACAGAAAGCUUCUCUCGCAACGGAUGCCCUCCUACGAAUGAAACAUGCGCCAACCACAGUUAGUCCUCGCAUCACUCAACUCGAAUCCGCCUUAGAAGAGUCUCGACAACAAACUUCUUCGGCUCAGUCGGCAUUUCUAUCCAGUCAGAAAAUGGUAGAGGACCUUCGGAAGGACAUCACAGACCUUCAAGAAGAGCAGCGUCGUUAUCGCCAGCUCUCAGAGGGAUCUCAGAACGCGAUGGUCACCGUUCAACAAAGCUAUACAACGGAGAAGAAUAAAUUAAUGAAAGAACACGAAUCUCGACUCGCCACUAUGCGUGCUUCGCAUACAGACGCGAUUGAACGCCUUUGUGACGACCUCAAGUUAUCCUGUAACAAACGCAUCAAAGAAGCUGACCUUAAAAAUUCAGCCUCUCUUACUCUACAACAUAACCAAGACAAAGAACAAUAUCAAAAGGAUUUAGCCCGUGUCAAAAACGAAUAUGAUCGUUCGAAGCAAGCUGCAAUCGCCGAAAUGCAGACAGUUUUUGAUCAGCAGUUAGCUGAAGUCAAGAAUUGUCUUCCUGCGAUUCCAGACAUCAAGAUGGAAACUGACAACGCAGCCCAUUACGUAGAGAAACUUACUGAACAGGCUCGUGUAAUCAGCUCUUUACAGCAAGCUUUAGCUUCUCAUGACACUAAACAAACCACUAACACCGCUCCUUAUGAUACCACUUUGUGUACUUCUUAUAAUAAUUUUGUUACUUUCCUUGACCAUGUCAAAAACUUUAACGUUGCUGACGCCGUGUCAACCUUACCUAGCAGUAUUGUCUCGUUACUAACUUUCAUCUCCACUAUUGUUGGGACACGUUUACUUGCAAAACAUCGAGAACGUCUGCAACCUCAACAGUCGAAACGUUCGCCAUUAUGGACAUUUGGUGACGGCCCGGUUAAACAUUCCAUUAAUGUUUUAUUGACCGAAGCUCUUCCCACACUUCGCCUGAUGGUUGAUGGCCUACCAGUUCACGUACUUCUUGACACUGGAGCUUCCAUCAACGUUGCCCAUCAGCGAAUUGCUUCGAAAUUAGCAUCCUCAUUAACGGCACGACCAGUCCCUAAAGACGUAAUCGCGUCUUCCGCUAAUGGAAGUAGCAUUUCCCUCACCGCAUGUGUCUCCUUGGACAUAACCUUAGGAAAUGAGAAGAUUCACAUUGAGUGUUAUAUCAGUCCUGACAUUAACCAUGAUCUAAUCAUUGGCCAACCCGGCCUACGCAUGUUUGGAGAUUUUGCUAUCCAAUGGUCUACAGGAACCAUUCUCCUUGGAAACUACCGUUUUCCAAUUGAUAACACGUUUCCCUUUCGCACCACGAAAGAGGAAACUCUUAACCCUUUAAGUUCUUCUGUCAUUAAUCCUUCGAUAAUGACACAAUCCUUCACUGACGGCACUUCGGUGUACGCAAUCACUAAUCCCUACUUUAAAGGAAGCAAUCGUCUAGUUACCUAUAAUACAAUAUCCCCUAUUUACGGCGAUCGUAUUAACUUUCUCAUAGAUAACCACGGAAACAACCUCGUGGCCCUUCCUAAGAACACUUUUUUAGGAUAUGUAACAUUAAUUGAGACAGUUUCUGACUUUGAGAUCCGCAUAACCAAUAACGGUUACAGCAGUGAUGAAGCUGAUGUAUGUGAUAGACUACCACCUUACCCCUCGUCUUCGCAAGCACCCUUGUUAGAUAAGGAUGCAUUUGUAAAACUUGUUCAGGAACAGCCUGAUAUCUUAGAUACUACACAGCGUGGAACUUUUACAAACCUCUUAUGGACAUACAGAGAUGUCUUUUAUGAAUUUAACGCAACCCCUGGCCAAUACAACGGCCCUGAGCAACUUGCAUUAAAAACUAUAGAACAUGAUUUACCUCGCCCCAUACGGGCCCCGAGGUACACACUAGAAAAAGAGCAGGAAGUCGCUAAACAAGUAGAAGACAUGCUUAACCAUGAUAUGAUUGAGCCAUCACGCACUCCUUACUUAUCUAGAAUUAAUUUAGUUAAGAAGAAUAAUGAGUGGCGAUUUGUAGUUGACUUUCGUAAUAUUAAUAAAUUAAUACAGCCACAGUCACAUCACAUUCCGCGGAUCGACACUAUCCUCGAUAAAGCCGCUGGAAAAGCUUUCUACACCUCUCUUGAUCUGAAGAAUGGCUUUCACCAACUUACACUAGACAAGAAUAGCCGUUACUUUACCGGCUUCCCUACACACAUGGGAAUUUUCCAAUACAAACGUAUUCCUAUGGGACUCGUCGGUAGUCCCGAUUUUUUUAACCACGUCAUGGAACAAGUUUUCAGUGACACUAACAAUUUCGUCUAUCUUGACGAUAUCCUCCUUACUGACAAUAGUAUUACCGAGCACCUGACUAACAUUGAACAAGCCUUACACAAAGCCCACCGUUUUGGCCUCCGAUUUUCGCUUGCAAAAUGUCUUUUCUUUCAAUCAUCUUUAGAAUAUUUAGGUUUUCUCAUUUCGGGAGACGGCAUACGAACAAACCCCACGAAAACAGAAGCACUAUCGAAGAAACCCAUUCCUAGAAACGAAAAGGAACUUCGCUCCUUCUUAGGUGCCGCCAAUUACUAUAGAAAACACAUCCCAUCUUAUAGUUCAAUUGCUAACAUCCUCUACGAUUGCACAUCUAACUUUUUGUGGACUUCCCGUCACACGGAAGCUUUUGAAAAAUUAAAACAAGCAAUCAUAACUGCAUGCACACUCGCACCACCUAACCAGAAUCUACCCUUCACGAUUCUAACAGAUGCUAGUAUUCAAGGUAUUGGAGCCGCCCUCAUGCAAGAGAACCGUCCCAUAGCCUUUGCAUCCCGCACGCUGAAAAAAGCGGAACUAAUGUAUGCUCCAGUGCAACUGGAAGCUCUAGGCUUGGUAUUUGCUUUGAAGUCGUUUAGCCCAUACAUAUAUGGAAAAAGGACAACGAUCCUAACUGAUCAAUCCAGCUUGCUUAGUUUAAUGACCAAGAACGAUGUUUCUAACAUCCUAGACCGCUAUAAGACUUACAUAAUGGGAUUCGACCUUGAUAUUAAAUAUAUCAAAGGCACGGACAAUACCGUUGCCGACUAUCUUAGUCGCAACAUUUUUAACGUAGAACUAACGUCCACCACAUAUAUAGACGCUUUUCCUAGUGUCUCUAGUUACUUACAACUGCCAUAUCACAUAGAUGCAUUUACGAAAUACCUAAAUGAUAAAGAACGUUUACUUUACCUUAAUGGUAAAUUUUCGGCAAGAGGUAAAACACGCUUUUAUGUACCACAAAUUUUACGCUUCAUCCUCCUCACUCGGUGGCAUGAGCAUCCCCUGCUUGGAAACCAUAAUGGUUUCGACAAAGGAUCUGCUAAAUUUAAAGAAAUCUUCUCCUGGCCUUCCAUGGAUCAUGAUAUAAAGAAAUCCUGGUCAGCUUGUACUCAAUGUUUACAUAAUAAACAUCACCCGACUUUAGCAGCUCCGGUAGCAACAAAAGCAAUACCAUUACCUCCUUCUCCAUGGCACACACUCAGCUUAGAUCACAUAGUGAUUAGUGAAAAUCACUAUGCCUUAGUAAUCAUGGACGAAUUUAGUAAAUUCGUCAUAAUACGACGUACAGUUAACCUAGGUACGUUAGCGGUCAUUACAAUCCUUCAGGAAAUUAUCUUCCUUUUUGGCUGUCCAGUUAUUCUCAAAUCUGAUAAUGGACCCGCAUUUAUCUCUAGCAAUUUCAAAUCUUUUUGUAAUACAUUUGACAUAUCUCACCAUCAAGUUUCUGCGUAUAAUCAUCAAGGAAACGGAAUAGUAGAGCGAUUCAAUCGCACUAUUCGUGAGUCCAUCCGUUUAUAUAAACAAUCAACUUUAGAUGAAAUUUUAUGGACUUCUCAGUACGCUCAUAAUUUUGGUUACUUAACGACUCAGAAUGGGAAACCAAAGGAGUUUAUAUUGAACACACCUGAUAGAUGGUUAGAUGACGCUUAUAUCAACAAUCAACUAUCGGGGAGACAGGACCUUCUGUUAUUCAUGAAACAACAAUUACACCCGAAGAAACUGCCAGCAAACGAUAAAGAACCAAACAUACUGAAGAAAGGCACGAUAGUUUACAAAAGAAACCCGGCCGCCCAUAAAAAUGAUGCACAAUACGAUGGUCCUUUUGUCAUUCUUGAAAAUGUUCAUGGUGACUCCUAUUUUAUAUCAAAAACAUCUCGAAAUGGCAGGCCAAUUGGUCAACCAUUUAAGGCAAAUGCACGUUUAUUAAAGGUAGCACCAUCCAUAAUACAAAAACAGAUACUUCCACCACCUACAGAGACCAAUUCAGAUAUUUCGCAAGAAAUAGUCCCGACACUGCCAUCCCACCAAAAAAGGGGACGUCCUAAGAAACCAACUGUCACUGAAGAUUCUUUACCAUUAACUAACCCAAUAGUAAAAACCACGCGAAAACGUGGUCGUCCAAAGAAAAAGAUUACUACUGCAUCUAACACGGUCGAAAAAAACACACCGCGACCCCGUGGAAGACCCAAAAAGGUUAAUAAUUAG